UAUAAAGGACACGGUAUUAUCUACCACACAUACUGUCCAAUUGGUACGCCUCCAAUCACGAUGCUUGCCUUUCUCUUCCUCAUUGUGACCACUGUGGCGGUGUGUUCCGCGUCACAUCAGUUCUACGUUGAGAACCACUGUUCCUAUCCAGUGUGGGCCGCUGCCUUCGGAAACAAUGGCCAGACACCGCUAGGAGGUGGGUGGAAAAUGAACCCAGGAGACCGCAGACAGUUCACCGUCGUGGAUCACUGGAACGGUCGUAUUUGGGGACGGACCCACUGUACGGAGUCUGGACAGUGUCAGACUGGUGACUGCGGGGGCCUACAGUGUAAUGGCCGGACAGGCCGACCUCCAGCAACGUUAGCCGAGUUCACUCUGGACGGUUGGGGAGAGGAAGACUAUUAUGACCUGAGUCUCGUGGACGGCUUUAACCUAAUGAUGACCAUUAUUCCCGUGAGUGGGACAUAUGACACCAAUCACCACGGGACGUACUAUUGUGCCCGAGCAGGGUGUUACUCCGACCUCAACCAAGGCUGCCCCGGGGAACAGCAGCAACACUACGGAGGCCAGGUAGUAGCAUGCAAAAGUGCCUGUGAAGCGACCGGAAGGGACGACUACUGCUGUCGAAAUGCUCACAACACACCACAGACAUGCCCAUCAUUCCCUGGCGCAAGAUUCUUUAAAGGAAGAUGUCCUGAAGCCUACAGCUACGCCUACGAUGACCAUAAAAGCACAUUCACAUGCAGAGGAAGACCAAAAACCGCCUACACUGUCAGAUUUUGUUAAUUUAUUUUGUAAUAAAAGUUUAACAAUUUCACUAACA